UUUUGACUUUCUUUUUAAUUUUUAUCUGGAAAAAGAUUACUUCUCUUGUCUUAUAUAUUUUAAAAACUUACACUUUUAAAAUGCUUAAAGAUGGUGAAUUUAACUCUCGUUUUAUUUACAUACAAAAACAGCGCUGCUGCUUUACUUCAAACACAAUAUGACUAAUAUAUUCAGGCAUGCGCAUAUCUUGUAUCACUUGUUGCAGUAAAAAAAAGGAUCGUCCGCAUAACACUUUAAGGUUCGUUUUCUUGCGCAGGACAAAGAAGCGACAAUGCUGGAGAAUCAGAAGUCUCUGCUUGGUGGUCUGACUUGCGUCAUUAUCGGCAUAACGGCAUUAAAUGCAGCGUCCACUUCCUUCUCCGGAAUGCGAGCAAAGAGAUCCCUGUCGUCGCCGUGUGGCGGGUGCCCGUCAAAUUUGCUUAAUGCGACAGAGAAGACGGAUAUCCUCAACUACCACAAUCUAGCCAGAAAAAUGGUGCAGCCUCCAGCCGAGAACAUGCUUCAGAUGAUGUGGGACCCCGACCUCGCUGACUGUGACGGCCAAGAAUACAUUAACCAAUGCCUCUUCGCCCACGGUCACUCCAGUCUCAUAGACACAUGCUCUGCGGACAUUAACACCCAGGCGAUUGGCCAAAACCUUUACGUCUAUUGUAGCACUAGUAACAUUCGGCCUGAAAACUUUACUGGGGAAGCGGUGGAGUAUUGGUUUCGUGAAAAGGAAGACUAUACCUAUGAUACAAAUACCUGCGCAUCUCAGCGCAUCUGUGGGCAUUAUACUCAAGUUGCCUGGGCCAAUUCCUUCAGACUUGGGUGCGCUUACUCUGCUUGCCAGAGUGACCAGUCUCCGUGUGGGGAGGAUUUCCCGUAUUACUGGAUCCUUGUUUGCAACUACUACCCAGGGUAA